CGUCCUUCCAACAUUGCUCAGCAUCUGCGAAACCCCCGGCUUGUCUGCCAACGCUAACCAGCGAGCGCUCCCUCCCGCUCUGGGGCUGUCGGUUUCUUCCUGGACUUGGGCGCUGUCUGUCGCUUACCUUCGAUCGUCCUUGUGACUGAACUAGAACUCGCCAAGUGCAAUAAUGUCGUCCGACUUGCCAAGUCCGUCGGGGUCUCCCAGCGGCCCCGAGAACCACAUGCUGGCCCUCCACUCCCUCACCGACAGGCGACAAGAGUCUUCUUCGUCCAUCGCAAUACCAGAGGAAUCCUCUCUAGUCUCUUCCACUUCGACUACCUCCAUAAUGCCCCCUCCGCCUGCACUCGUCCCUCUGCCAACCCCGCCUCCCUCAAACGGUUACACACCGGUAAUAGCGUCUCCUCUAUCGGCCCACGUCGAAAACGCUACCCACGAUGACUAUGAAGACGAGGAAACGGAAGGUUCAGUGCUAGGAAUGAGGCAUCAGUCAUCCAAAGCCCCGCUUGCCGCAUCUUCUCUGCCCAUUCCGCCGGAAGCUGUUCAACCCCAUACACACCAAAAUAAUUGGCAGGGGUCGAAUAAACGUGUUACAAAAACGCCUUUGUGGAGAGUCAUAUUUAUGAGAAAGGACUCUGGCAUCUUCUUUGUUGGCAUCAUCUUGAUUGUGGUGGCAUGUGUCAUAUUCUCAGUCUAUACUCUACCGCAUGUGACCCGAGAAUUCAACGCCGCCGUCCCAGUGGCGUUCGCAUGGCUGUGGGGCUUCACAAUCGCACUAUAUCUGCGGACGAGUUUCACCGAUCCAGGAUACAUUCCGAAGAACUUGCAACCGGAAGCCAUCGGCAACGCCGUCAACGAGCCGCCCCCACCACAGCAGCAGGCCAUUAAUACCCAGGCCAAUAAUACCGUCACAAUCAACAUAGCCUCCUCCGCCCGCCCAACCUCCCCCCCGCCCCUGCCCUACAACCCCGAAAACCACACCGUCCCAAUCGGCCCCGACGGCUCCCGCCUCGGCACGGUCAAAUUUUGCCAGACCUGCGGCAGCUGGCGCACCCCGCGCGCGUCCCACUGCAGCACCUGCGACCGCUGCGUCGAAAACCACGACCACCACUGCCCGUGGAUGGCCAACUGCGUCGGACGCAGAAACUACAGAUAUUUCUACGGUUUCCUUUUCUUCUGUUCGAUGCUCGCCACGUACAUUUUCGCCUUCUGUCUCGCCGAUCUCCUCCUCCUUGGCCAAAACAAAUCAGACGAACUCCUCGACCGCCUAGGUUACACAUCAUCACCAUUCUCCACCCUACCCCCUGAUUCAACCCUCCCACCCCCCGGCUUCUGGCGCGCGGUAAAACACCGCCCCGCCAACUUCGCCCUCAUGCUCUACACUGCCAUCAUCGGCUGGUCCGUCCUCGGCAUGUCCUGCUACCACACCUGGAUCUCCUGCAAUGCCUUCACGACCCACGAGCAGAUCCGUGAGCGCGUGCGAUGGGAAUCAGAUCAUCAGAGGGAGGAUGUGAGCCCGUGGAGUAGGGGUGGGGGGUGUGCCGAUUGGUGCUGGACCAUGUGUAGGCCGUUGGAGCCGAGUUGGGGGGAUGUUGAGGGGAGGAAGUAUGGUGGAAAUGUUGGAGGGGAGACACCGACGAGUACUGUGGCGACGUAUGCGCCCAUUGCGCUGCCGAGCGCGGGUGGGGCUGCACCAGCCACCGCUCAGACCAAAUUAGGCGUGGAUGGACAAGUGCACCCGGAACCCGCGAAGAAUUGAAAGUUGAGUUCCGGAUACCUGGAAUCACCGUGUACUUUUGUUUAUAUAGUAUUUUCUUUUUUGGGAUUUGGGAACAAAGAUCAGCUUGCGUGAUGACAUCAGAAAUAUGUUUCCGCCGUUUUUUGUGGAAUACCGUACGAGACCAAGAACGGAAAUGAGAAGACAAUAACAUGCAACUCUGCACUACACCAGAUGCAGAAAGUGGGAUGGCGGUUCUGUCUUGACGGAUGGCUUGAGCCCUUUUCUUCCUUCAGUGCGGGGAGGUUUACGGAAACGAAAGGAUGUCAGCCCCUCCAC